GAUAGGGCCUUGGUCCACGUUAUCUCAUCAUCUCCAGCCGUCGCACAUACCCAAGAGGUCCCAAUUUGCGCCGGAACCUACACCAGAGCACGCCCAACGCCGGAUUUCUCAAAGAUCUCAAAUAAACAGACGAUGGAGAUUUCAUCUUCUCUUACCCUCUCCCUUUCUUCUUCAAUUCCAAGAACCCCCGUACAUCUUCCUCCCUCCUCCUUCCUGGUCACUAACUCUACCUCCACAUUCUUAAAGAAAGCUUGGAUUGGUAUUGGUUACCCUUCGGUACGGGAACGAAUCAGAAGCAGAACCACUCAAUCCAAAAGGGGUCUCACUUGCAACGCCUUGUUCGGAUUGGGUGUACCGGAGCUCGUUGUCAUUGCGGGAGUGGCUGCUCUGGUUUUCGGACCCAGGAAGUUGCCAGAAGUGGGUCGGAGUAUUGGCAAAACCGUUAAGAGCUUCCAACAGGCAGCUAAAGAGUUCGAAUCUGAGAUUAAAAGGGAACCUGAUACCAUAGAAGAGACUUCUGCUGAGAAACCUGCUGCUGUCAGCGAACAGGAGAAGCAAGAUAUCAAAGUCUCUAAUUCAAAGGAGAGCGUAUGAAAUUUGUAAAAGAUACGCCAAGUAGGUAGCUUAGCAAAAUUUCACAAUCGCACAAUCCAUUAAAAGAAAUUAUUCUACCCUGUCACCGAAAUUUUCUUUCGACGCUUAAGUUAUGUUCCUUUGCAAUGGUCUGCUCUGUUCACCGGCAUAUAUGUGAUAACUCCUCGUGAGCUCUGUAGGCCGAUUUCGUGGCAGCUUUUGACGACUGUCCAGAUGAGAAAGUAGGGGAGGAUUAGUGGGGUGGGAGAAAAGUUGAUGCUUUUUACACCUUUCCUCAGUAUUUAAUUAAUAGUUGAAAGUUGCUUACCAGUUACCCGUUCAAAAAUUUCUGGCAAAUACUUGUGGAAAUCAGACUUAACAGAGCACUAGAGUUGGAUAUUGGAAGGCAACGAACAUAGUAUAACAGAUCGCGUUUGACAACAGCCACAGCUUUCUUUUGCUAGCACACAAAAUUGGAAUGUGCUGGUUGAUUGUGUGGAAGGAAUGCCAAGGGUUUCUUC